AUGCUAAUACGUCGAAUACUGCAAUUCCUGACGCCCGCCAUCCCAAAAAUGAGAAAAGAGCCGAUAAUCUUUGUGAUCGGAUGCACGGGAACCGGAAAAAGCGAUCUCGGUGUGGCGAUUGCGAAGAAGUACGGUGGAGAGGUGAUCAGUGUCGAUUCGAUGCAGUUUUAUAGGGGCCUCGACAUCGCCACGAACAAGAUCACCGAAGAGGAAUCCGAAGGCGUCCCCCAUCAUAUGAUGUCAUUUCUGAAUCCAUCGGAUUCAGCGACUUAUAAUGUACACCAGUUUAAAGAGGCCACGCUGGAUCUUAUUCAGAAAAUCCGUGCCCGCUCCAGAAUCCCGAUCAUCGUCGGCGGUACCACUUACUACGCGGAAAGUGUGCUCUACGAGAACAAUCUGAUCGAGACCACCACCUCCAAAUCACGUACCUCAUCUGAAUCCUCUUCAUCUGAAUCCUUUGACGUCACCCCCGACGACGUCACAGUCACAAAUGAAGAAUUAUGGGCGGAGCUUCGAAAAGUGGAUGAGAAAUCCGCGUUGCUUCUCCACCCAAACAAUCGAUAUCGAGUACUUCGAGCCCUUCAAAUCUAUAAAGAGACGGGCGUUCCGAAGAGUGAAUUCGUGGAGAAACAGAAGUCAGAUGAGAGUGUUGAUCUGGGGGGACGAUUGAGAUUCGAUGAUUCUUUGGUGAUUUAUAUGGAUGCGACGCCAGAAGUGUUGGAGGAGAGACUCGAUGGGCGGGUGGAUAAAAUGAUUCGGAUGGGGCUGAAGAGGGAGUUGAGCGAGUUUUAUGAGGAGCACCACGACUUCAUCCACCACAACAAGUACGGCGUGAUGCAAUGCAUCGGUCUCAAAGAAUUCGUUCCGUGGCUCUCCCUGGAUCCAUCCGAUCGUGAAUCCCCUCUUGGAGAGAAGCUAUUCAAGCAGGGAUGUGAUGACGUGAAGCUCCACACCCGACAAUACGCCAGAAGGCAACGACGAUGGUAUCGAUCGAGACUUUUGAUUCGAUCCGACGGCGAUCGGAAAAUGGCAAGCACAAAGAUGCUCGACACCUCUGAUAAGUCGAAAAUCAUUAGUGAUGGAAUGGAAAUUGCAGAUCGAUGGAUGAGUGGAGUCGAUCUUUUUGAGGAUAUUUCCACAGAACAAGUUGUGAAAGGAGUCGACUCGAAUGUCCUGUUGACAUGUGAGAUUUGUGGAAUAUCGAUGACGGGGAGGGAUAAUUGGCAGAAGCAUAUCGCCGGAAAGAAGCACAAGCACAAUGCGAAACAGUCGAAAUCGGAGGGAAAUUUGGAAUAA